GGAGAAUAUAGACCUAUAGUCGGUUCCCGCCAACCCGGGCCAAGCCGGGCAGUGGCCGAGGUCGAAGGUGGAGGCGGAGUACAUACUUUUCGCACAAGACAUCAAACAUUCUUUGUGCUUCCAUAUUCGUACUCCCUCUACUGUUAAUAUAAUCUCACGCCUUCCCUCAAGAAGCUGCAUUCCCCGAUAGCCAGCUGAGGCGCGUGCCUGUCAACAACAACACCCGUUAUCUCGCACAAGGCGGAAGGAGGCAGAUCGAUUUUCGACCUUCCUCGUCCCCCGCCUCCGACCUCGAGUGCCUCUUCUUGCAGGAACGAAAAUUACGACCGCCGCAGCGUCACCUUUUUCUCCCUUUGGCCAUUACAUUCCCCGUCAUAUAUUCUGACUCCAUUUAAGCUCGACCAGUGAGUCCAGGCCCAUCUACAUAUCCACAUUAUUGUCUCGUCUCGUGUUCUUGGGCAUUUGCUCGGCGUUUGCGAGAUUCCGGCGGCCGGGGCCAGCGGUUCAGCGCGUCAGCCGCCGUGCUGCCGUCAUGUCCAUGGUACUUUCUAGAUCUUGGCUUACUUGUAUGCCUCCGCUCUAUGGCCCUCUAUUCUCUGCCUUUGCCAGAGAGCUGUGAGCUGCGAAAGUCAGAUUGGGUUUAGAGGUAUUUACCUCAUCCUUCCCCCGCUUCGUCAACUCUUGUUUGUUGACGUGGUCAUCGUCCUUUGCCUUGUUGCUCGUGGCUCCGCAGCACUUCCACUUUUCGCUGUAUCUGAAUCUGAAUCGUGCUUCUCGUGCGCACUUUGGCUGCACAAGCAAGAGCGCAUGAAGUCAUGGCCAUGCGCUGUCUCACUUCUCGGUCCGCGCCUCUAUCAUUACGCGGGUGGUCUUUUUAUUUUUGUUUUCUGGCGGUUAAUUGCCUUCAUUUUGGGCUUACGUCGCGGGUCGGGGAAUUAACGAUUUUACUGUUUGCGUUGGUGCCUUGGUCGCUCCUCGCGAUUGGCCGCUCUGGCUGGAUCUCUCGCUCGCCGCUGGCCGUUGUUGGAUCUCUCCGGCGGGCGUGCUGGAGAGGUAUGGACAGGCAGGGGCCUGCAUCGCAAUGCGGAGGGGAAAAGCGGGAGGAACCAGCUGCAGUGGAAGCCUGCAGGGCGCUAGUCGCUGGUAUCCUCAUGCAUUGCCGAGAAUCAAUCAACCUGUUACCUCAGCCGAAAUACGUUACUCGAUUUGACUAUCUGGGUUUUCCUUCUGGGAUGAAGCAUGUGAGCCGGAGAAUCUCCAUUACCCGAUUCAGAGAUCUUCACUGCCGCCAUGUCUUGAAGAUCUAGAGUUAUACCGAGGCUCGAGGCCUUCAUUGUUGUUCCGCCCGUGUCGUCGACGUGUUUCGAUUCCAAUCCUAGUUGCUUUAGAUCCAUGGCUUCCUCUGACUUGGUCGUUUUUUCUUUUUCUUCCAACUUCUAGCUCGCUUUGCCCUACUUUAAAUUGAACAAGUUCGACGCUUUCCGCAAUAUGUGUUCCGGCGCUGACGCAAGUGCAUUUCCUCUUUCCGCCCAACUAUUAUGACGUUUCACCAACCGCACGAAAACCCUUCCGGCCCUUCCUCUCCUAGACACUUCCAGGAGUCGAUAAUCCAUGCCGACGAGGUAGUUUCCCCUUACUGAAUCCAGACGUCUUCCUAUCAAGGAUCCAUUUCCUCUCGCGCCGAGGACAGGGACGACAAAGGUGUAAAGGAGUCUCUUGGUCAUUCGGGUCGUUUGUUGUGGCAACACCGAUUUUCCUCUGAAUCCGCCAUGGCAAACAGUGGGGCAAGCUGGCCUUCACAUAAUUCCUAUGGCUAUUACAGUCAACAUCCCAUACGUUCGACAGCACGGCAUACUGCAUCACCCGCGAACGACUCCCCUACCCGCUCUUCACCACAGGCGUCAUCUUCUACGCACCUACCUCCACCCCAUCAGCAGCAGUUCCCGCCACCUUCAUCUCUACCACGUAACCCAGCGUCACACAACGGCAAGAGCGGGGGGGGAGAAAUGUCUUUCUCUCAACCAAUGUUUGGCUUUCAAGGCGGUCCGCCUCAGAACCUCACAGGCCUUUCUCCCUAUGGUGCCAUUACUUCGAAUCCUCACCCACAAUACCCCUAUCCCGCCCCCUCUCCCGUCAGUCUGGAGGGCGGGUCCAGAUCUCUGAUAAACAACCCCUACCCCCAUCCCGAAGCUGCUCCACGCAUGCCCGCCUAUCCUACCUCGCCAUCCUACAACAAUCUGUCCCCGGUUUCACCAACGACCCAUAUUAUUCCGGCAAUGCGCGGUUCCGCCAGUUCACCUCGACAGAUGUACCACGGCAUGCCGCAGACUCCUGCGACCAUGGCGAUCGGUUCAAAGAGGCUGAGCAUGAACUCUUCUUCGAGUGAGAAUGAGGAUAUCCGGACAGGUAUCAGAAGGGGUUCGAGUGUCGAUAAUCUUGAAAGCACGGAAGAGCAACCUUGGGGGAUGCCUCAAGAAGAGUAUAAGGCUUUGCCCCCGGCGGCGAAGAAGCAGGUCAGAAACAGAAUUGGUGCUCGAAAGUUCCGUGCUAAGCGCAAAGGCCAUGUGCUCGCUCUCGAAGCCAGCUUGCGUGGGCGUGAGGAAGAGAUUGCCGAGUUGCGCGCCCAGGUCGAUGCCCAGCAUAUCGAAAUCCAAGAGCUGCGAAGUCGAUGCGGUCUUCCCCCUAAGCGUGUGGCUGGUAGCGGCUUGGGCCUCACCACCGAUCCCAGAAGCAUCUAGAGAGCUUGCAUGAGCAUGUGUUGGGAAGGGGUAGAUGGGAAGAAGAGUACAACAAAAGCACGAGCAUUUCAUUACUUCUUCACUAUCAUUUUAUUAUACAUAUACUUCCGUAGGUUUAAUCAGAGUAUAAUUCUCAUAUCAGCUGUUUCAUGUAUCAUCCUCUAUGUCAUAGA